CACAAAUCACUCUCAAGCGAUGAGUUACGAGCACAACAGCUGUGACUACGCGUGCACGUGUGUGCGUGCACGCAAACCACCGCCGCAAAGGCCAAGCGACCGUAACGACGAGGAGCGAAGAAAGGAACGGCGGGUUGCUUGCCAGGGAGGAGGCAUGCGGCUGUCAUGAAGGCGAGGGCGUACUACGCUCUCGUGCGGUUCCUGCUGGUGGGAUUUGGGGUCGCCGCAGUGGAAGGCGGCGCGUGUCUCCCCCUGCCGGCGGUCAUGUCGGCGUCGGGCAAGCCUUCCAGCUGGAGUGAGAAGGGCACCGGCGAGCACGUGUUGGACGAGGCAACCAUGGCGGCACUCUGCCUGGGAAACCACGUGGCGCAAGUGCUGAUCAGGGCGGUGCAGGUGGAGAACAGCUGCAGCGUGCUCUGCACCCCUGCGUGGGGGCGCGCCUACCACGUGAACAUUACGGAUGGUCUCUCGUGCGGCGUCGAGAAGGUUUGUAUUCGAACCGAGUGCCGCCGGCAGCCUUCAGUGACCGAGUCAGACCUGUGCAAGAGCGUGCACCCAAACCAGGCAUCGCAGGCCUCGGGAUACGACGAAUGCCAAUUCCUGUGUUACGUGAAGCACCGGGCGACGCCCUACCGCUACUGCCGACCACCAGGCACCGCAUGUAUCAAGUGGGAGGCCAGGAACGUGCAACGCCCUGGGAUACUGCAUGAGCAACGUGUGAAACGCCGCAGGGAUGGUUGUCAAGUCCCAAUAAACGAAUGUCUUGCGUCACACUAUUCUAUUCUGUCAGCCGCGUCAGCGAAUGUUGUUUAAGCGUAAUGAUAUAGGCAGAAGAAAACGUUAACUGAUCCACGUCCUGUGGUUGGAUGUAUGGAUGAAUUUUAGGAGCGUUCCUUUAAAACAGAGCCGCUACAU